AUAAAGGUUAGGUUUCAAAAUGGUGUAAAAUUUACUUUCUAAGGAAAAUUUUACUCGAUGCCCGAUGCUCAUGUUUUGGAAUAUAACCUAACAAAAUGGCUAAUUUACGUUUAUUAAUUACAAAUUUGUUAAAUAAUUAUGGAUUCAAGAGAUGCAAUUAUGCAAGUUUUAAAAGGGAGUACAGUGUCUUUCCUCAAUAUUAUAUUAAACCGAUAUAUAGAAAAGAUGAGCAAGAAGCUCUUAAAGGCGAGGAGGCGAUGAAGAUCGCUCACCAACAAGUGAAACCAGCACUAGUUACUGACACAUGUUCAGAGUUUUACGAUGCUAGAGUGUUGAAAUUUAUGAACAUUAUUAUGAGACAUGGAAAUAAGAAAUUAGCAAGAACAUUAUUGACCAAAACUUUUGAAGAAGUCAAAAGGAUACAAUUGCAAUGUUAUCACAAGGCAAAAACAGACGAGGAGAAAGAUAAUAUUGUGCUGGAUCCAUUUAUAGUUUUUCAUCAAGCUGUUGAUAAUUGUACACCUAUUUUACAUUUAAUAGGUUGUAAGAAAGGAGGGAUCACAUAUCAGAUUCCUUCUCCAAUUUCACCUAUACAGGCGCAGCAUAAAUCCAUGAAUUGGUUGAUUGAAGCAGCAAAAGAAAAAGAAAGCGGGCAGAGAUUUUACGAUACAUUAGCUAAAGAAUUAGUAUCAGCAUCUCAAAAUCAGGGUCGUGCAGUUAAAUGGAAGGAAGAAUUACACAAAAAAUGCCAGGCCAAUCGGGCUUACGCGCACUUUAGGUGGUUAUAGGAAAAAACAUAGGUUCUGUUUAAAAAAAAUGUAUAAUUUAAAAAUAUAUAAUUAAUGUGAUUCUUUCUAUGAUAUAUAUAUAUAUAUAUAUA